AUGCGUCCCAGCAAACGAGUAUGCACAAAGGGGAAGAUGAAAUGCCCGCCAUUACUUCACCCCGAAUAUUCUGGCAAUGCGAACUCAAAGGCCAAACAAGCUGUUGCACACGCAUACGAGGCAGUCCACGACAUCCUCAUCUCAAAAGACCGCACCCAUCCUAUCACCGAAAUCUUUUCGAACUACAUGCAGCGACUGCUCAGUCAACCCAAGGAGCGGUUUGUUGACCUAAAAACUAGGAUCAUGGGCUUUGUCGACGAGUUUUGGUUUCCCAUCUUUCCUGGCGACUCUUCAACCUUCUCGUCUGCUUUGGUCAAGCUAGAGGGUGAUGCUCGUUCAUUAGACCCCAGCAAUCAGGAGCUCCACGCUGCUGUUGCUGCCCAGGCAACUGUGCUGUUCAACGUCGUCCUUGUACGUGUUGCUCUAGGGUCUAGCGGUCUCCACGACCUUGAAAUCUUCUACCUCGGGUAUCGGGGACCAUGGAGAAGUCAGAAGACGGGCGAGUUGACAAUUGCCCAGGAAACCGCACUAUUGGGAUCACUUGCACGAGCACCUACCCCGUUCGAAGAAGCCAUUCUCGCCUCACUUGGUGCAUCCAACACGACAGUUAGUGAUCACCAGGGGUUAACCCCGGGUUUCGGAAGGCCGACCCGGACCCGACCCGUGGCUUGA